AUGCCUCGAGGAAAGAAGAGUAAGCUCCGAAGAGAGAAACGCCAACAGCCCCCGAGUGAGACUGAGAGUCUCAAGGAAGAUCAGGUCACAGCAAUGGAGGUUGAUGAGGCCCCCACUUCUCCUCCCAAUGAUGAUACUUCUGCAAGCUCCCCUACAUCUGGCCCAUCCCAGAAGCCUCAAGGAGACACAGCCACUAGCUCUCCUGUGGCAGGCGCCUCAUGCCCAACAUCCAAUGCCACUGCCAAGAGCCAAGAUGAGGAAAGUGCACAUGCCACCCAGGCAGCAAUUUCAGCUCUGAGGGCUCGCAAAGAUCCUCUGAGCAGGGAGGUGAGCAAGGUGGUGCAGUUCCUGCUGCAGAAGCUGAAAAGGAAGGAGCCCAUCACUCAGAAUGCAUUGAUGAAGUUUGUCAACAGGAAGUACAAGAAGCACUUCUCUGAGGUCCUCAGGAGAGCCUCUGAGCGCAUGGAGCUGGUCUUUGGCCUUGAGCUCAAGGAAGUCAACCCCAACAAACACUCCUAUGGCUUUUUCAACAAGCUGGGCCUCCCAAUUGAGGGAGACCUGAGCAGUGAUGAGGUCUUGCCCAAGACCCCGAUUGUGAUGGUGAUCCUGGGCGUGAUCUUCAUGAAUGGCAACAUCACCACUGAAGAGGAGGUCUGGAAGUUCCUGAGUGUCUUUGGGGUCCACCCUGGGAGGAAGCAUGUCAUCUAUGGGGAGCCCAGGCAAUUCCUCACCAAGUAUCUGGUCGAGGAAAAGUACCUGGAGUGCCGCCAGGUUCCCGAAAGCAAUCCUCCCCGCUUCGUGCUCCUGUGGGGCCAAAGGGCCCACACUGAUAUCAGCAAGAUGAAAGUGCUAGAGGUGCUGGCCAGGAUCUUCAACAAGAUCCCCACUGCCUUCCCAAUCCUGUAUGAGGAGGCCUUGAGAGAUGAUGAAGAUAAAGCAUGGCUGAGAGCCGCAGCCAUGGUUGGCUCUUUUACCAGGCACCGGGGUCCUUGCAAGGCCAAGUUCAGCAGCUCCUGCCACAUCUAG